GGCUCCAGCCAUGGGCGGCCUCAGCGCCUCCGCCGCCUUCCGGGAGCAUCUCCGCCGGCUGUGCCUGGGUGAAUUCCCCUGCGGCGCCGGCAGCUGGAACAGGUCCCGUUUCGAAUUAAGGAAAAGGAAACCUGGAGGAAAUGCAGCCCGGAGAGAGGCAGAUGCAGGCACAGCCCAGCACCAGGAAAUUGGAACUCCCAGUGAAGAGAGCCUGGAAACCUUAAUGGAGUUUGUGAGCAGCCAGGACUCCCCCUGGGCUCUGCCACCUGACUGCAGCCCCGAGGACCAGCACCUGAGGGAGCUGGCAGUACAAUCGCCACAGCUUAUCCGGGACAACUUCAUCUUCUUGUUCUUCAGGUCCUUAAGGAUAGUGGAUAAAGGAGUAAAUGAAGUUGAUGAAAAUUUGUUGAAGUUUCAAAACCUGGAAGAGCUCAUACUCAGUGCCAAUCAAAUCAGCAAAAUAAACUCUGCACACCUUCCUAGAACACUGAAGGUCUUGGAGCUCUGUGGCAAUGAGAUUGUCGGUUUGCAGGAUCUGUGUUCUCACCCACCUCCGGAGCUCCAGCAUUUGGGGCUGGGUUACAACAGGCUGCUGGGCUCUUCAGAGGAUAAAUAUCUCACAGCAGAAUUCUGGCCAAAUCUUCUCUCUCUUGACCUAAGUUUUAAUAAUUUUACGGAUCUGUUGGGCAUAGUCUCUAAACUGGCCACUUUGUGGAGGCUCAGAACACUUGUGCUCCUGGGUAAUCCACUAGUGCUCAUUCCUGGCUACAGAGGUUUUGUAAUAGACAGCCUGCCCAAACUCUGUAUACUGGAUGAUAGGAACAUAUCGCCUGAUGAGAAGCAUCAGUUCCAUGGUCUGUCUAGCAAGCCAGAUCUCAUUGUGAAUAAAGCACAACUGGUGGUGAGUGUUGGGAAAAUCAAAGGCGUCCCCAACCCCAUCAAGCCAGAGGAGCUGGAAAGCGGCCCAGAGUCUCCAGUGAUCACUCACAGCUACUAUGUGACAUACGAGUUUGUGGAGAGGGAGAAAGCCGAGGACACUAACAAUGCUGAGGUAAUAAAAUUCCAUCAGAGUCAAAUGGUGGCUACCCCAAACCCUGGGAGCCCACCAGAGAGUGUUGACACAGGAGGAUUGGAGUCUCCAGCUAUGUCUUCUCUGCUUCAACAGGAGCCUCCGGCAAACAGGGCAAACAGGCACCUCACUCCUCGGAAGCCCUGGGCUGAGACCAUUGAGUGCAGCCACAGGAGGGAGCACGUCACUGGGGAUUUAGUGGCACUGAAAGCCUUUCUCAUGACUGGAACCACCGUCACUGUUGUAGAGGAAAAGGUGCUUUCAUGGCCCAUUGCUGCAGCUGUGGCUGAAGAUGCAGGCAAGAAGGGGAAGGCAGAGAAGGGAAAAGCAGAGAAGGAGAAGCCAAAGGACGGUGGGCAACAAGCAGAAAAAGAAAAAGGAAAGCCCCAUCGAACUCCGCAGCGACCCGCCUCUUUUGAGAAGCCUGGGGUCUGGGCAUGUGAAUCUGGAGAGCCUCUUAACAGGAUGGUAAGAAGAGCAAAGACAAGAACAAAAAAACAAAAACUGGGGGAGAAAGUCCUGCAAGCCAGAAAACCACAGUGGCUGCCAAAGGGAUUGGCUCCUGGUCCAGUGUUUGAGAUGUAUCCCAGGAUAAGAAUGGUUGCACUAUAUACCGUCUCAAUCACGUUGAUUGCGUUCCUUAUGUAUAUAAGGAAAGAGACUAAGUUGGCUGUGUCUCCAGCAACCAGGAAGAUAGCUGCACCAAAUCCCAGCAAUACGUUCUGGGCCCUGGAGCAGACUGAACCCAGCAAAUGUUUGCCAGACCUGACAAUUGCCAAUUCCUCUGCUGCACUCCCAGAGCUUCACCGCACCUUCUUAAUGUACAAGCACUGCAGGAACUUUUCCACACUGCUGAAGCCCUCGAGAUGCAGUGAGGAAACAUUCCUCUUGCUGGCAAUCAAGUCUCCCCCAAUCAACAUAGACCGUAGGGUUGCUAUCAGAAACACAUGGGGGAAAGAAGUGGCCAUUGGCAGCAAGCCAAUCAAGCUGGUGUUCUUGCUUGGGCGCUCGGAGGCCAAAAUCCAAGCUCACUCCCUCCACCAGCUGCUGGUCUAUGAGAGCCAAGAGUUUGAUGACAUUGUCCAGUGGGAUUUCACCGACAACUUCUUCAACUUGACACUGAAGGAGCUGCACUUCCUCCGGUGGUUCAUGGAGGACUGUCCCCAGGCCAGGUUUGUGCUGAAGGGCGAUGACGACGUUUUUGUCAACACCUACAAUAUCGUUGAGUUCCUCAAGGAACUCAAACCUGGGCAGGAUCUCUUUGUUGGGGAUGUGAUCAGCCAGGCCCGUCCUAUAAGAAACACCAAAGUAAAAUAUUUCAUCCCGGAGUCUAUGUACAAAGCGCCCUACUAUCCUCUCUAUGCUGGUGGCGGUGGCUAUGUGAUGUCCAGAACGACAGUGCAGCGACUCCAGAGCACCGCUGAGGACACCGAACUCUUCCCAAUAGAUGAUGUCUUUGUGGGAAUGUGUCUGGCAAAGAUGGCAGUGACUCCAUUGAACCAUGCUGGCUUUAAGACCUUUGGGAUCCAGAGGCCCUUUAAUCCUUUUGAUCCAUGUCUGUACAAAGGACUGAUGAUAGUGCACAAGCUGAACCCCACCGAGAUGUGGAUCAUGUGGACGCUGGUAAAGGAUGACCGUAUUAGGUGUGCUGUAUCAUUAACUCAGUAACUCACAAAACGAGACUGCUGAUGCUAAGGGGGGAGCAGGGGAACAGAACGAUGGUGGUGGUUACUCCAGAUUGCUUAAACUGAUAUUAAAAAUAGAAACAAAAGAAAGUUGUAGUAGAUGAUACAUUUUUAACAACAGACUGUAGUUUUACAGUAGGGUAAUGUUCUGCAAUGAGCCUCUGAAAAUAUAUUGUUGGGUUACUGAAGCAUCACAAGGUUGAACUGAAAACACGUAGGGGGAUAGCUCAGGGACUUGGUAUUGUGAUUGGGAUUGCUUCCUCUCUAGAUCACUGUUUUGAAUUCCGCCCACCUGGGUGGUUCUGAGUGGCUGGUUGCAAAGUGAGGUGGUGGUCUUAGUGCCAGUUCUGAUGGUGUCUCUUGGACGCCAGUGUCCAAGUUACAACUGCCAACCUUACUAGCAGUCUCUAGUUACUGGCCUUCCUACUAAACAGGCAAUACAGCCUGAACUCACCCAUUGACCCAUGAAAUCAGGGCUAAGGCACAAGAAGUGUGUGGACAAGCUUAUGCUGCUGGGUCUGUGCAUCUCCUGUCAAGGACUUCACUGUCCAGGGUUAGCAAUCCAGCAGACUUCACCAGCACUAAAUUUACUUAAUAGGGAUAUGGGGGAAAGAACACAGAGAUGAUGAUCUCUAAAUCUUUCAGUUGUCUGUUCUUAACACAGCAAGGCCCUUAGUUCUAAUAGCACUGACUUCUAACCAGCUCUUUUUCUUUCGAUUUUAUCUACUUACAUUAGAUUAUUUGCACUGGAAUUUAUGCACAAAAAUACUUGACAGUGGGAUUGGGAGAAGAAACAAAUUGCUAUUAAUCACUGUAAUAACAAUGGCUUUUUUUUAACCGCAGGUAUAAAUAAAUACAGUUGUGAGUGUU